AUGAAGAAAGGGCACAGUGCUCACAGGCUGAGUGAGAUGAGUUCCUCAUCGGCAUCAACAGCUCAUACAUCCUCCACAACAAAUGUAAUGGGAAAUGUGUUGGGUGUGCCUUCCGAUAAACAUAAAUAUUACUUUAAAUUCAUUGUAAAUGCUCUAGAAAUUUUACCCGAGAAGCCAACGUAUUACUCGAAUCAAACGUAUUCAUCACUGAGCAAUAAGAAAUCAACAACAAUUAAUUCUUUUUUCAAACAAUUUUCUGAUGGACCUAAAAUUCCUCGCACAGCACAAUUAGAAUGGAAGAGAAACUCUAGAAAAAGAGGAAAAUUACCAGUUUGUAGAUAUCAAAAGAGUAUCGAUCAAAACAAACCCGAUUAUUAUGUUUUCUAUACGAGAGAUGAGAAGAGUUUCGAAUUUUAUACUAGACUCACUUUGGCAGCCCCCUCUUCAUCAGGAUAUAGAGACAAGUUUUUACGAAUUUCGUUGGACCAAUUGCAAGACGAUGCCUUUGCUUCAUCACCUCCUUCCAAAUUAUUUGCAUCAAAAAAGAGAAUUUGUGAGGAAGAACUUAAUUUAGCAGAAUGUAUUCAAUAUAAUGGUGUAGAGAGAAAUCUAAUAUUGAUGGAGAUAUCGCAAAGUGCACUUUCGAAUGUUGACUCAUCAAUAAUAACAGCAAAUAAGUCCAAGAAAAAGACUGGAUUAUUUUCUUUAAAACUUGGUGAUAACUCCCAAGAUCAAGAAAUUGUUGCAUAUCUUGUUUUAAGAUACACCAUAGUUUGUUCCAGUAGUGACGUACCUCAGCAAAACCCAACUGCUACCAGCAUAUCUACCCCUUUUAUUUCCAAUGAUAUUACUGACGAUACCGAAGUGAGCAUGACUGAACAAGAGGCGUCUGAUAGCGAUGAUGAAGAAGUCUUUGACGAAUCGAACGGCUUUAAAAGUCCACGUUCGUUUAGUUCGUCAUUUUCAAAGAGCACUAGCGAAAAUAAUGGAAACAAAACUAUCACGGAAAAAGAUCAGAAUAACAUUUCAUUCUCUGAAAAACCAUUAACAUCUGAAAAACCAAGAACAAACCUGUCGUUGCUAACAAAGGAGUCGUUAUUGGAUAGCAACACUUCUCUCGAGUUAAACUUGCCCACAGCCAGUAACGACGCCACAGCUCAACAGACAACCAAUCAGCAACCAACAAGCCCAGCAAUAGAACAAAAUGCUGACAAUGUACAAAAUCAAGAUUCUUCUUUAGAUCACAAAGAACAGGAAGUAAAGACGGAAAGGAACGAAGAACUCACCUCUCUCUCCCAACCUAACAUUGAUAAGAGCCCACUUACUCAAGAGUUGAACACAUCUAAUGGUGAUACAGAGGAGGGUAGUAAUUUCUUCUUGUUAGAUGAAGAAGAAGAUACAGCUAAUGCCGUUGUAGCAACAAGUACGAAACCAACAAUUUCUAGCGCCACUGAACACGUAGAUCCCAUCCAAAACGAGCCACGGGAAGAUCAUGAAGUAGGAGUCAAUAUGGUUUCUGAAAUUGAGCCAAUGACAGAAACAGUUGAAACAUCCAAAAUACAGAAUGAAGCCGAUUCAUCCAAACUCACUACUGCUACCAUGAACGGGGAUAGUAACCAAAAUAAUAAGGAAGAGGACGACUUUGACAUUAUUCUUUCGUCAUCACACCCAACUAUUCUAAGUGGAAACAGUUCGAUUGAAGAAAAAGAUGAAAAGAUUCCAGACAUGUUGCUCGAAAAUCUGCCAUCUAUUGAAACAGAAAGUCAAACAAGUGUUAAUAUUGUUGCUCCAUUGAACGAAGCGUCACAUCAAUCAAGUAGCGAGACGAGCACGAAUUUAUUGGCCGAAAAUAACCUUAAUAUGUCUUCUCAAAGUAAGCCUGCUUUGGUCAAUGACAAUUCAUCUUCUUUUUCAUCGUUGGAAGAUGUGGAGAAACUCUCACCCCAAAAUGUAACUUACUUUGGUCAUGAUGAAGCUCAUGUAGACAAUGAUGAUGAGGAAAUGUUUUCUCCUUUACAUACAUCAACUGUAGAGUAUUCACAAGCACAUUCGUUUACUGAGCCCAAACCAAACGAAAGUUUGACCUCCAAAAUUGUUAAAAGCUGUAUUAAGGAAGAAAAGCAAGUCGAAGAGCUGGAGGAAUUGAGAAAGAAAAACUCUGAAUUGGUGGAACAAAUUUCAACUCAAAAUCAGAAAAUUCUGGAUCUUGAGCAUUAUUCCAAUUCAUUUCAUCCCAUGGUUAUAUCUUUAAUUUGGGGAUUGAUUUGCUCCCUUCUAUACUCCAUUUCACAGAAAGAAGCAUCUACAAUUAAUCCUAUACUUGUCUGUGCUUUCUAUACCAUUAUUGUAUAUUUUGGAGUACAACUUACUAGAUCUUUAAAGUACUACAAUUAUGGAACUCAUAUUGUAAACUACCUCAAAGAAGCCAAGUUCUUUAACCGUAGUGAACCGAUUACCAAAAAGCAAGCAUUAGGAAAUUAUCUUCAAAAACUAUUCAGUUUGGAAGAUGUGAGAUUUUUGGACGACGUAUUUCGUUCUGCAUCCUGGGGAUUACUUUUAGGUUUGCUCACAGUCAUCCUCAAAUUUUUGUUUUUAGAGAGAAGUGACACGACCAAUGGAGAAACGUCUAUUAUGACAUUUUUCAAAUCGGGAGUUCUAUAUAAGUGUGUUUAUCGUGCCGUAGCGGAUGAAUUAUUCGAACGACUAUUUUGCUUUCUAUUCACUAUAUUUUUAUUUAAGGAAUUUAAUUUGAAGCAAAGAAUGUUCUAUCUCAUAGACAGAGUCACGAAUCCAAAUCACAAAGAGCUUUACAAGUCUAUGAAUGACUUUUUAGAGAAAAACAAAAUUUCAGAUACUCCUAAACCCAAUACUUCACAUAGAAUGGGUCUCCCAGAUUAUCAAAGCGUAAUUCUUUCAGCCAUCAUUUCAACUAUGUUCUCCAUCAAUGAUUCUCCGAGUCAACACGUUUUCACCAGUGACAGCUUUUUCUUUGACAAGCUUGUUGGAUCUUUUGCCUUCUCUUACAUGUUCUUUGUGCAAGAAAGAAUUGAGCUUUGCAUGAUUGCUCAUUUCUGUCGAAACUUUAUUGACGUUCUUUUUGGAAACUAUUAG